AUGGACAGAAAGCCACAGCAGGCAUGUAUGGAAGUGGUGACAGUCCUUUCAGACAUCAUCAGACACUUCAACCCCUCUGUUCUGAGGCCUUUGUGCGCCCCUGGGAAGACCUUGGUAGCCCACACUGGUGCUCAAGACUUACGGGCACAGGCAGAAGGACUGGUGCGGAGCAUGAGGGAGAGCCAGCAACUUGACUUUCAAAAUGACUGGAAGCUCAUCAAUGUGUUUUUUAGUAACACAAGCCAGGGUCACCUCUGUCCCUUUGCCCAACAGCACAGGCACGCGCCGGGGGCCCUGCACAUGCUGGCUGGGGCGCUGGACUACCUGUACCAAGAGGUCCCCAGAGCAUUUGUGAACCUGGUGGAUCUCUCAGAGGCUCUGCUCGUUUCUCACUGGCAGCAAGGGACUCAGCUCAGCAGCCUCGCAGAAGACCCCUGCAGAUACUCAGGGGAGACCUCGAAGCUUUCUGAGGUUGUGACACAGUGGUCCUAUCAGGAAAGCUGGGACCAGCUCCUGGCCUCCAGCAAGUACAACAAGAAGGAGUCCUUUGCAGUGGUUUUCCAGCCUUUCUUCCCCGAGACCGCACCCUCGGGGGAACAACCACUCCAGGAUCCCCGCACACUCGCCUUGAAUCUCUGGAACAGCAUGAUGGAGCCAGCAGGACAGAAAGAUGAGCCCCUCAGUGCACGAGACAGAAGUCUGGUGAAAUGUCCCUCUCAGGAGAAUCCCUAUCUCUUCACCUACAGAAACAGCAACUACCUGCCCAGGCUGCUAAACUCUGAGGAGCUUGAGGUGACAGAAGGAGUGGAAAUCAGGUGCCCUGACAUGGACCCCUCCAACACGGUUCCCACCUCAGUUCACAGGCUGAAGCUGGCUGACAUCAAGGUCAUCGCAGCCCUGGGAGACUCUCUCACGGCAGGUAAUGGGGCUGGAUCCAAGCCUGGGGACAUCUUGGAUGUCUUGACUCAGUAUCGAGGCCUGUCCUGGAGCAUCGGCGGCGACCACAACCUCAGCAGCGUCACCACCCUCGCAAAUAUCCUCCGCGAAUUCAACCCUAACCUGAAGGGCUUCUCUCUUGGCACCGGGAAAGAAAACAGUGCUGGAGCCUUCCUAAAUCAGGCUGUGGCAGGAGCCCGAGCUGAGGAUUUACCUGCUCAGGCCAGGAGGCUGGUGGACCUGAUGAAAAAUGACACGAAGAUAAAUUUUCAGGAAGAUUGGAAGAUAAUAACCGUGUUCAUAGGAGGCAAUGACCUCUGUGAUUUCUGCAAUGACCCGGUCCACUAUUCUCCCCAGAACUUCACGAACAACAUCGGGAAGGCUCUGGACAUCCUUCAUGCUGAGGUUCCUCGGGCAUUUGUGAACCUGGUGAAAGUUCUGGAGAUCAUCAACCUGAGGGAGCUGUACCAGGAGAAGAAAGUCAACUGCCCACGGCUGAUCCUUAGGAAUCUGUGUUCCUGUGUCCUAAAGUUCGAAGAUAACUCAACGGAACUUGCCACCCUCAUCGAAGUGAAUAAGAAAUAUCAGGAGGAGACUCACCAGCUGGUUGAAAAUGGGCGAUACGACACAAGGGAUGAUUUUACGGUGGUCGUGCAGCCAUUCUUUGAAAAAGUGGACAUGCCAAAGACCUCGGCGGGGUUGCCCGACAGCUCUUUCUUCGCUCCUGACUGUUUCCACUUCAGCAGCAAAGCUCAUGCUCGCGCAGCCAGUGGCCUCUGGAACAACAUGCUGGAACCUGUUGGCCAGAAGACAACGCAGCAUCAUUUUGAAUACAAGAUCAAUAUCACAUGUCCGAACCAGGCCGGCAAUGGAAUUGGCUCCAAACCAGAGGACCUUUCUGAUGUCACCACUCAGUAUCGAGGGCUGUCAUACAGUUCAGGAGGGGACGGCUCCCUCGAGACCGUGACCACCUUACCAAACAUCCUUCGGAAGUUUAACAGAAAUCUCAGAGGCUACGCAGUGGGCACCGGGAAUGCCAGUGACACAAAUGCAUUCCUCAAUCAGGCCAUUCCUGGAGCAAAGGCUGGGGAACUUAAGAGCCAAGUCCAGACUCUGGUACAGAGGAUGAAAGAUGACCAUAGAGUGAAUUUCCAUGAGGACUGGAAGAUUAUCACAGUGCUGGUUGGAGGCAGCGAUUUAUGUGACUACUGCACGGAUUCGAAUCUGUAUUCUCCAGCCAGGUUUUUUGACCAUCUCCGCAACACCUUGGACCUCCUGCAUAGAGAGGUGCCCAGAGCCCUGGUCAACGUCGUGGACUUCAUGAGCCCCAGCAUCAUGCGGCGGGUGUUCCUGGGCAAUCCAGACAAGUGCCCCAUGCAGCUGGCCAGCGCUUUGUGUAACUGCGUUCUGACCCCUCGGGAGAGCUCCCAAGAGCUGGCCAGGCUGGAGGCCGUCACCCAAGCCUACCAGAGCAGCCUGCGUGAGCUGGUGGAGUCAGGCCGCUACGACACACGGGAGGACUUCUCCGUGGUGCUGCAGCCUUUCUUCAGUAACAUCCGGCUCCCCAUCCUGGCGGAUGGGCGCCUGGAUAUGUCCUUCUUUGCCCCAGACUGUAUCCACCCAAGUCAGAAAUUCCACUCCCAGCUCUCCAGAGCCCUUUGGGUCAAUAUGCUUGAACCGCUAGGAAGGAAAACGGAUACCCUGGACCUGGUGGCAAAUCUCUCCCUCUCCUGCCCUUCUCAGGAUGAGCCCUUCCUGAGAACUGCCCAGAACAGCAACUACACCUACCCGGCCAAGCCAGCCAUUGAGAACUGGGGCAGUGACUUCCUGUGUACAGAGUGGAGUCCUUCCAACAGUGUCCCCACCUCAGUCCAUGAGCUCCGGCCAGGAGACAUCAAAGUGGUGGCCGCAAUGGGUGACUCGCUGACUACAGCAUUGGGAGCCAGACCAAGCAACUCCAGUGACCUACCCAUGUCCUGGAGGGGACUCUCCUGGAGCAUUGGAGGGGAUGGCAUCUUGGACACUCACACCACACUGCCCAACAUUCUGAAGAAGUUCAACCCUCACAUCCUUGGGUUCUCCACCGGUACCCUGGAAGAGACGGCAGGACUGAAUGUGGCCAUGGAAGGAGCCAGAGCUAGGGACAUGCCAACCCAAGCCUGGGACUUGGUGGAACGAAUGAAAAACAACCCCGAUAUUGACCUAGAGAAUGACUGGAAGCUGAUCACGCUCUUCAUCGGGAGCAACGACAUGUGUCAUUACUGUGAGAAUCAGGAGGCCCACCCAGCUGAGGAAUACGUUCGGCACAUCCAGCAGGCCCUGAACAUCUUGUAUGAGGAGCUUCCUAGGGCUUUCAUCAACGUGGUGGAGGUCAUGGAGUUGGCCGGCCUACACCAGGGCCAAGGCGGGAAAUGUGAUCUGCCGCUAGCAGCUCAGAACAACUGCACUUGCCUCACACGUUCCCAGGAGAAUUCCCUGGAGAUGCAAGAACUGAAGAAACUGAACUGGAACUUCCAGAGUGGCAUCUCCGGGUUGUCCUACUGGCACCAGUACCUGCAGCGUGAAGACUUCACCGUGGUCGUACAGCCUUUCUUCCGGAACACUCUUGUCCCGCUGAACAGCAGAGGCAGCGCUGACCUCACCUUCUUCUCUGAGGACUUUUUCCACUUCUCAGAACGUGGUCACGCGGAGAUGGCCAUCGCGCUCUGGAACAACAUGCUGGAGCCAGUGGGCCAGAAGACAACCUCCAACAACUUCACCCACAGCCGAACCAAACUCAAAUGCCCCUCUCCUGAGAGCCCUUACCUCCACACCCUGAGGAACAGUCAGCUACUCCAAGACCAGUCUGAAGCAGGCCCCGUGGUGCUCUCCUGGGCUGUGCCAGUGGCAGCAGGCGGCGGCCUUGCACUUGGUGUCGGUGCAAUGAUGGCAUGGAGAGCCAUAAGGGGUCGUCGGCGGGAAAAUCCUUCAAUGAGGCUCAACACUAUGAGCUUUUAGGCCUCCGGCCACUCACAGGCACUCAUCCCAAAUUCCCCAGCCACACUCCUCACCAGCCGUCUACCUCAGCCACCUUGGCCACCACAGAGAGCAUUUGCUUCAAACACCUGGUGACACCGGAAGCCAAAGGGACAGUCACGACUCCUUGGGGCCUGGGACCUAUGCUCCUGGAAUUGCCAAGUUUAAAUAAAGGCCAAAGUCAGUCUA